AUGGACCAAGAUAAGGUCAAAGUCGUGCGGGAGUGGGAGGAUCCUAGAAAUUUAAAAGCUUUGAGAGGAUAUUUGGGUUUGACAAUAUAUUAUAGGAGAUUCGUGAAGGACUAUGGCAAGAUAGCCAAACCCCUAACAAAAUUGUUGAAAAAGGGGCAAUUUGUUUGGAUCGAAUGGGCCAAAGCUGCAAUGUCAAGGCAUGCACUUCCCCAUCAAAAGGAGUUGAGAAUGAUUGCACGACUGUAUUGGCAAGACUUCGAAGAAAUACUAAAAGAAGUAGAUUUGGAUGAGGAGUUGGUGAAGGUGGUUAAAGAUCUUAAGGAGAAUGAUAAUGCUCAUGUAGCUUUUACUUUAGAGCAAGACCGAUUGCACUAA